CGAAUCGCCAGUCGAGGGAUUGGACGACAUUGAAACUGAGCAAGCCAACGAGUGAGGUGAGUGAUUCACUACCUACCUCCAGGUACCUUCCUCCAUUGGACGUGCCUGCCUCCUACAGCGUAAGCGCUGCCCUCCACCCGCGCCUGCCCUUUUAAAGGACAAAGGACUCGUGAUUCCUGUUUCCCCUGGCACCUUCCAGACUAAGGUACCCUCCCUCCCUCUCUCAUUCACCACCCUGACAUUCUUUCGUCUUCCUUAUUGUGUUGUCUGUUCCAUUCUCUUCGUUCAUUGUCUGCGACAAUCAUUCACGACCGCAUUGUUCGUGAACAAAGCGUCACUUGCUCAUUCUUCACGACCUUCUUCUUUUCCCCUCUACCUGUACUUAAGCCCUGCUGUCCCGGCAUAGCAACCAACAACCCACAACUACGGGAUCCCGCACACAAGACAAUCCCCAUCACAACAAACCCUCCUCAGUGCCGGUCACUGAUACUCCCUCAGAAACACACACAGACACACACAAACACAAAAACACCCUCCACUGCGAACAUGCAGUCCCUUCGCAGCAUCGCCGUGCUCGCCACGGCCCUGUGUGCAAUACUCUCUUUCCUCCCAGCUGUUCAAGUCUCUGCAGUUCCCUUCCAAGCAGAGCCUCGUGCUGCUGCCGCAUCCGAUUAUUGGCUGGCCACUAUUGCGCGACAAGGCACCGUCUGGGGCGCCAACGACACUUCAUACGAGAUCUUUCGCGACGUCACAGACCCCAAGUUCGGAGCCAAAGGUGACGGCGUGACCGAUGACACUGAUGCGAUCAACCUGGCCAUCUCGAGCGGUGGUCGAUGCGGUGACCUCUGCAACUCCUCCACCAUCCUCCCGGCCAUCAUCUACUUCCCCCCAGGCACGUACCGAGUCAGCAAGCCAAUCAUCAUGUAUUACUACAGUCAGUUGGUUGGGGACGCGGUGACGAAGCCCACGAUUCAAUCUACCCCGGACUUCCAAGGCAUGGCAGUGCUUGACAGCGAUCCUUACAAAGAGGGAGGCGCCAACUGGUACAUCAAUCAGAACAACUUCUUCAGACAAGUCCGCAACUUUGUCGUGGACGUCAGGCAGACCCAAGCUGGCACGGGCAUUCACUGGCAGGUUGCCCAAGCUACGUCUCUCCAGAACAUCGACUUCGUCAUGACCGAGAGUGAUGAUAGCCAGCAACAAGGCAUCUUCAUGGAUAAUGGCUCCGGCGGCUGGCUCAGUGAUCUCACCUUCACCGGUGGCAAGUUUGGCGCUUUCCUUGGCAGCCAACAAUUCACGACACGCAACCUGGUCUUCAAGAAUUGCCGCACUGCUAUCUACAUGAACUGGAACUGGGGCUGGACGUUCUCCAAUAUUUCAAUCACUGGCGGCACUGUUGGCGUUGACAUGGCUGCAGCCCCGCAGAACCAGUCCGUUGGCUCUAUGGUCAUGACUGACAGCGUCAUUAGCGGCACCACCUACGGCAUCAACUCUUCCUUCUCCCUCACCGACAAUGUCCCACUCACUGGUGGCACUCUUGUCCUUGACAAUGUCGAUAUGUCUGAAGUCGAAACCGCUGCCGUGUGGUCCAGCAAGCUCCAGGAUAAGAUUCUCGCACCUGGCAAGAUUGAAUCGUGGGUGUCGGGAACGAGCUACAGUAAUAGUGCAUCUGGCAACCGCACCCAGAGCAAUCUCGCGGCUGUUAAGAAAUCUCCUGCCCUGGUGGACUCUGACGGUAACAUCUACGGUCGCAGCAAGCCGCAGUACGAGAACGUUCCAGCCAGCAACUUCAAGUCAGCCAAAGCCGCUGGCUGCAAGGGAGAUGGUGAGACUGAUGACACGGCAUGCAUCGCAAACUUCUUGAAGACCGUCGCAGCCGAUCCCAAUGCAAUCGCUUACUUCGAUCAUGGCGCUUAUCUCAUCAAGGAUACUGUCACCAUCCCUGACACUAUCAAAAUCACCGGCGAGGUCUGGUCAUUGAUCGUUGCGGAUGGCGACUCCUUCAACGAUGUUGAAAACCCCAAGCCAGUCAUUCAAGUCGGAGCUCGCAACAGCAACACCAAGGGCGAAGUGGAGAUCUCAGACAUCAUCUUCGAAACAAAGGGCGCCGCUCCUGGUGCGAUCAUGAUCGAGUGGAACCUCAACUCCGACCCUCUGAAGAGCGGCAUGUGGGACAGUCACGUUCGUAUUGGUGGUUCUUAUGGCACUCAAUUGUCCGAAUCAGAAUGCCCUGGCUGGCCCACAACCCAGGCAACCGACAAAUGCCACGGUGUCUUCCUCAUGUUUCACGCUACACCAGAAUCUGGCGGUCUCUACCUCGAGAACACCUGGUUCUGGGUGGCGGAUCACGAUCUGGAGGUCAACAACCAAACUCAAAUCUCCAUCUACAGCGCCCGUGGCACCCUCAUUCAAUCUCAAGGACCAGUCUGGCUCUGGGGUGUCGCGUCUGAGCACUCUGCCCUGUACAACUUCCAAAUCGACGGUGCGCAGGCUGUCUUUGGUGGAUUUUUGCAAACCGAGACCCCAUACUACCAGCCGAAUCCCGAGGCUCCACAACCGUUCACGCCCAACGCAAACUACAAUGACCCCGAUUUUGCGAACUGCGCCAACGGUGCUAGCACCGAUGACGUUCCUUGCAAAGAUGCAUGGGGCCUGAUCGUGAGGGACAGUCGCAAUGUGCUUGUAUACGCCACGGGCAUGUACAGUUUCUUCAACAACUACGCCCAAGCCUGUGUUGCAGAACACAACUGUCAGGAGAAUAUGAUAUCCAUCAAGAACAGCACAGUCGACAUGUACACUGUCACUACCAAGGCCACUGUGAACAUGAUUGUGGAUGACAGCGUCGAGGGCCCGAUCCUUGCCGCGCCCAACCGUUAUGUGUUCGGCGACACUAUCGCCUACUAUCACUCGGGUUCGUCCUAGGGGGUCGAGCCCGAGCAGGAUGGUGCGAGCAGUAGCACUGCCAGCUCAAGCAAGUCUUCCAGUGUCAUCUAUGCUCUUCCCAAGACAAACAGUAUUGCGAGCAGCGCUGCCACUACACUUGCAUCCAGCACCGCCAGCAGCUAUGACGCUCACGCAACAGCUGCCACGGCAACUGUCACGAUUUAUGUUACUGCAGCUGCUAUGGACACGACUGCAACACCAUCAACUUCAACCACCACAUGCUAGUCACGGUGGUGGUUCUUAUUCCAUUCGACGUACAACUUGACAUAGAGAGUCUCUUGACAGUCUCCUUGGAGAAGGCCAGAGUCUCACAGCAAUGAGAAAAUCAUGAUAUACCCAGUGCUUGAGAUGCAUAGCGACCGAUUUACAGAGUCGGCAUGGAAAGGGUUCACGGUGUUGGGUGGCGGGAUAUGCCUUGGUUUCAGAUGGGCUCAAAGGCGCCAUCCAGAGUAGCCAGAGAAUGAAUGAAUAUAAAUGUUUCCC